AUGUCUGGUACUGUCCCCGUCGCGAGCGCCUUGAGUGACAUCUAUCCUCCUGCUUCGCUCGCCGAGCAAGCACCACGAUGGAAUAAUCUUCUGAGCAAGUUUGAGUCUACCUACGGACACGCUGCUUCCUUUGUUGCUCGCUCUCCUGGACGAGUUAACAUCAUUGGAGAGCACAUUGACUACUCUCUCUAUUCCGUCCUCCCCAUGGCCAUCACCGCCGACACUCUCCUCGCCGUCUCUGCUACACCCGCUGCCAAUGAUGCAAAGACCUUCCGCAUUCGCAUUGCCAACGUUGAGGAUGACAAGUUCGAUGCCGCUGACUUUGAGGUUCCCUUUGAUGGGGAUGUGUCGAUCGAUGCGACCAAGCUGGAGUGGACCAACUACUUCAAGAGUGGUCUGAGGGGUGUGUUGGGUAUGUUGAGGAAGAAGUACGGAAAGGACUUUAAGCCAUGCAGCAUGGAUCUGCUUAUGGAUGGCACGGUGCCUGUUGGCGGAGGACUGAGCUCAAGUGCUGCUGUGGUCAGCACAAGUUCACUAGCAAUCAUGUUGGCCAAUGGUGAGAAGUCGGUGGACAAGACUGAGCUGACGGAGCUUGCGAUUGUGAAUGAGCGUGCCGUGGGAGUCAACUCGGGAGGUAUGGAUCAAGCUGCCUCAGUCUUCUCUGAGAAGGGCGCCGCUACCUUCGUAUCAUUCAGCCCAAGCCUCAAGGCCAAACCAGUUCACUUCCCUCCCACAAACCCUGAGAUUACAUUCGUAAUUGUGCAAUCCUUCGUUACUUCGAACAAGCAGGUCACUGGUCCCAUCCACUACAACCUGCGUGUAGUUGAAUGUAGCAUCGCCGCAUCCUACCUCAACGCUGUCCUCAACCCACCCGGCACACAAUUGCCUGAAGAUGCAGGCCCCCUGGGCAUCAGUCUCGGAGGUUUCCAUGAUACUUUCUUCUACCACCAGAACGGCUCAGACUACUCCACUGCCAAGACCCUAACCAAGGAGGAGGAAUUGGAAAAAUUGAUCGAGAUCACCGAGAAGACACUUGCUCAAGAGGAGGGAUACACACGGGAAGAGGUUGCAAAGGUGCUAAACAUCACAGUUGAGGAGCUCGAGAAGCGCUUCAUGUCCAAGCUUCCCGUCCGUGCUGAACGCUUCAAGCUCCGUCAACGUGCUCUGCAUGUCUUCAAGGAAGCUCACCGUGUUAUUCGAUUUAUGAAGCUCCUGGAGAACCCUAUUCACACCGGGGCUACAGAUACGACCGGGUUCAACAAAGAGUUAGGCUCGCUACUUAACGAGACCCAAGCAUCGUGCCGCGAUUUGUAUGAGUGCAGCUCUCCGGAACUGGAUGAGAUCUGUGCCAUUUCUCUCCGGGAGGGAUCUUACGGCGCGCGUGUGACUGGUGCUGGAUGGGGAGGUUGCAGUGUGCAUAUGGUGCCGGCGGAUAAAGUCGAGGCUGUGACACAGGCCCUGGAAAAGGAGUACUUUGCUAAGCGGGACUUGACGGGAGAACAGAAGAAGGGGGCCGUGAUGGUGAGCCGGCCAGCGACUGGAAGUGCCAUUUACUAUGUUCAAGAUGGUGUCAAGCCUUGA